GGAACGCGGAGGAGCUGCUGCGGCCGAGAGCGAGCUGCACUCCGCCGGUGUGUCCCGGUGUUCCCCCCGGUGUCCCCCCGGUCCUCUACCGGUCCUCUGCUGUUCUUCUCCAGCUGAAGUCUUGAACCGGUUUACAGUGAUGAGGACCCUCCUCUUCCUCCUCCUCUUCCUCCUCCUCCUCCUCCUCGCCCCCAGCUGGACUCUGGAUUUCCGUUACCACAGCAACCGUGAGAUGGAGCAGUACCUCCUGCGGGUGAACGCGUCCCACCCGGACAUCACCCACCUGUACAGCAUCGGGCGCUCGGUCCGAGGUCAGCAGCUGUGGGUUCUGGCUCUGGGCGUCACUCCUCACCGACACACCGUCGGCAUCCCGGAGUUCAAGUAUGUGGCCAACAUGCAUGGAAAUGAGGUUCUGGGCAGGGUCCUCCUCCUCCACCUCAUCGACGACCUCGUGCGCAGCUUCAACAACAACGAGACGUGGGCGGUGCGACUGUUGCACAGCGUUCGGAUCCACAUCCUGCCGACGAUGAACCCCGACGGGUUCGAUUCCUCCAACACCGACUGUGUGUACAGCCAGGGCAGGUACAACGCCAACGGCGUGGACCUGAACAGGAACUUCCCCGACGCCUUCGCCGGCCUGAAGCGGCAGCAGGAGCCAGCAGGGGGCAAGAGGGAGGCUGAGACCCGGGCCGUGAUGAGCUGGCUGCAGAGCGAGACCUUCGUGCUCUCGGCGAACCUUCACGGCGGAGCCCUGGUGGCCAGUUAUCCCUACGACAACAGUAACGGAGGUCAGGAGCUGGUGGGCGGAGCCAGCGUGACGCCCGACGACGACGUGUUCGUCCACCUGGCCAAGGUUUACUCCUUCAACCACGCCUCCAUGCACCGAGGGGACGAGUGCCAGGAGGGGAGGCCCUUCCAGGGCGGGGUCACCAACGGGUACCACUGGUACCCUCUGGCAGGUGGGAUGCAGGACUAUAACUACGUGUGGGCUCAGUGUCUGGACGUCACCCUGGAGGUGUCCUGCUGUAAGUUUCCUCCUGCCGCUGAACUUCCUGCUCUGUGGUCGGAGAACAGGAAAGCUCUGCUGGCCUUCAUCCAGCAGGUCCACCUGGGGGUCAAAGGUCGCGUGCUGGACGGCUCGGGCACGCCGGUGCAGAACGCGGUGGUGGAGGUCAGAGGUCGCAGGAACAUGUGUCCCUUCAGGACCGACCGACACGGAGAGUAUUACAGGCUGCUGCUGCCCGGGAAAUACAGCUUCACUGUGACAUACCUGGGCCACGAGGUCCUGACGGAGACCCUCAGCGUCCCGCAUGGUCCCGACGAUUACUCCGCCAUGAGGCACGACUUCCUCCUGCGCCGCGUCGCCGUGACGACGGGCGCCGCCCCUCAGAACGCCACCAGCAGCAUCUGCAACCAAACGCCGCAGGAGCCGGCCUGCGGCGGCGCUGCCGGCCACACGGUCGCUGCCCGCAUCACCGCGCUCAGCCUGCUGGUGGCGCUGCGCUGGCUCAUCGAUUGAUGCCAAAGAGAAGCAGGAGCAGGAGUCUCCGGUUCGAUUCCUGACCCUCAGGGAAUAUAAAACAGGAAGUCCUCCGGAGGUUUCUGGACGGACGCCCCGAGUCAGCGCUUUUUUUCCCGCCAAAAACUGCUAAAUUGGCGGGAAAACGUUGAGGCUGGAGGUGGUUUCAGACCCGAAGGCACAGAUUCAGAUUCAGCCUCCAUGAAAGUUCAGCACACGUCAAGAAAAGCGGAUGAAAAGAAGGAAAACGAACUGGAUUCAGCAGCAGCUGGCGAGGAUUUACCCGACCAGCCGCCGAAAAACCGAGGAGGAAAUGGAAGAAACGGAGGGAAGGCGUCCAAAUCGACAAGAAAGAUCAAAAGAUCAAGAAUGAAACUAAAAUCAAUCAAAUUAUUAAAAAUAAGAUUGAAAUGUUAAGAAGGAACUCAUAUUCAAAUAAGAAAUUUGAAAUGUAAACAAACAUUAACUUUCUGAAUUUAUGGAAAAAGUUAAAAGUAAUGAAAUUAAGAUUUUUUACAGUAAAGAUAAAAAUAUUGUAGAAAUAUUGUCACAACAUUCUUAAAAUCUAGAUUUUAACAAUAUUUUAACUCUAAAAGAAGAAAAAUAUAGAAAUGAUCCUGGAUGACAGGACAAAAUAUUAGCAAAAGAAAAAUCUUCAGAAUGUUGCCUUGUUAGGAACUCAUGCAGGUUUUCCUCCGUUUCCAUGGAGACUUUGCGUUUUCAGUGUCGCGGUGUGAACGGGCGCCCAGAGUGCAGCAGACGUUUUCAAACUUCCUGUUUCCUCCCGUGAAUCUCAGGUCUUUAAAUCGAGUCUCAGGUUUCAGUCCAGCUGAUUUAAUCUGCAGUUUAUUACUGUCUUUCUUCAAGCCUUACAGCGUUUCUACCGUUCAGAAAGUAAGAGUGACUCAGGCGCCCCCCAGUGGCUGUUGCAUGUAUGACAGAAACAACGGUGAGAAUCUGGUGAGAUUCAUUCGUUCUUUUUCCCUCAAACUUUAUCAAACUACGAUUAAGCCUCAAUAUUAAUCUCUUUUUUUUUCAAUUGUUCUUACUAGUGUAACAUCUUUAAUUUUUCUGUUGGUAACUGCAUAGUGAAUAAAACUCAAGCCCUUUUUUUAUUUUCAGUGUUAAAAAAAAAGUGUUUUUGCAAACCAGGGGAAAACAGACUCUGCCUUCAUUUAUUCAAGUACCUGGAUUUUCUAGAAAUCUGGCGCCUUCCAGAAGCUUUUGUAGCUAUGAUGGGAACAAAACUGAAAAAAAAAAGUUUUUUUUUCUGAAAACUUCAGGUUUUUAAGAACAAAAAGCAGACGCCAUGUGAUUUAAAUAUCACAGGAACAACGAUGAAAAUGAGGCGAUGCUUCGGAAUUAUAGGAAAUCAAUUCACCUAAACUUUUAUUUUCAAGUCAACACUAACAUCACAGAAUUAAGAAAUACAUUUUUGUUCCUUUAAAAGCAGUUCAAGUGAGAUCUGUUAACCGUAACCCUGAUUUGCAGAAAACAGGUUUGUUUCCUCCUUCAAGUGUCUUUAAGCGAAAGAAACAGAGUCUGUGAGAUCAGGACAAAACUCCACAACAAAACCCGGGAUUUCUGUACGAAAAGCCUCUGGAGACUUUCCCCUUCCUCACAGCAGUAAACAGGUGGUAAACGCUGAUCCUCCAGAAGAUGGAGCGUUAGUGUGUGAGGAGUGUGUGUGUGUGUGUGUGAAGAGUGUGUGUGUGAGCUUGUCGGACCUGAUCCACCGAUGAGGAGGAAGUCGUCCCCGGAGGAGUAACCGUACCCGAGUGGAGGCGCUUUAAAUAUAGCGCUCGCUGUUUUUAGCGGCGAGCGGACGUCACACCCGUUAAAUCAGGUGACAAAUCGUGAGCGCACCGCGUCCUGCGCACCGCUUCUACCCCGUGUGGCAUUUUAGCUGCUUUACGUGCCGCCAUCUAGUGGCGAUUUUAACAACAACGGCAGCAGCGUAGUUUAGUAAGUUCAAUUUAGAAAAAAUUGCCAUUAAAAGUGUUUUUUGCGUUAAAAAUUGAAACCAAAAAGUAACAAACAAGUUUGAGUAACAAACAAGAGUUUCCAGAUAUGUAACUUCAGCAAACCACAGCUGUAUAAAAGUUAACUUUUUGACUGUUUGUUAACUUUAACAUUUAAAAGUCUGCAUCUUUUGGGCUCUGAAGGAUGAAAUUAAUGUCAAAAGUCUUCUUUUUCUGGUUGAAAUUGAUCGCUAACUUCAGCAGGAGACAAAAGGUUGUGUUUGUGUUGCCCUCUAGUGGUUGCUGUAAAUAUGACAGCAGCAAUGCAGGAGGCAAAAAAAAAAAAAAAACCUGCAUAAAGAGUGUGUGACAGUCUGGCUCAGGGGGGAAAUCCAGGGAUGUUCA